UUAUUUUUGAAUGACGGCAAGCUAGUGGCUUUGUUAGUUUUCACUACAGAUAGUACAGAAUACAGACACAAGAGAAAGGGAUAAACACAGAAGCAGGGACGGAAUGGCUGUAGACGUCAUAUCUCCUGACGCAAGAAAGAAAGUGGACGAGCUUUUUCUGUACUGGCUCUCUGAGCCGAGCACACACGAGCUCCUAAGACACGAAGUGGCCAAAGUCUGUGGACUCCAGCAGCAAACGGCCAGCGACCACCCUCUCCUUAUAAACGGUAGCAGCACAGGAGGGAGCCUACAGUUCCCCAGACCGGCCAGUCCUACUGGUCGUGCCAUAACUCCGCCACCACCAGCUCCUCUGUCAGCUUCUUUGGGCUCACCCUCUCGUGGCGGAUCUCCCAAACUCUACAGAGGAGGUCUUGGGAUCAACAAGCAAACAGGAACAGCCACACAGAGACACCUGGUAGGAGAAGAGACUACAGAUGGAGGAGGAGAGAUGAAGACUAAUGGUGAAGCCUCAGGUGUCCCCAUGAUAUCCAUUACACCAGUGCCCACUGCAAGUCCCUCUGAACUGAUACCAAGGUUUUAUUUUCCUAACGGAAAGAAGGAGGAGGGAGACGAGGGAGCCAUUGAGAGAGUGAUGGUGACUGUUGGGAAGAUAUUUGAGCGCUAUCCUAGACAAGAAGUUCCCAAAAAAGAUUUUCAUCUUAUCAUAAAGGCACUGAAGUUACCUUAUUACUGGAAGGUUCCUUUAUUCAAAAUGAUUGCCGGUAAAAGCAAGAAAUAUGCCACCCUGGCCUCCUUUAAAAAGACAUGGCUAAAUAUAACUGAUGUCUGUUAUGAUGAUGCCUCAAAGUUUGUGAGCAUUCUCUCGUGUAAUGAUCCUGAUAGGAACUACCUGGUACCAGAAGACUUUGAGCCACUUAUAAGAGACAUUGUUGAUUGUCAUCCAGGAUUGGAGUUUUUGAGAGCAGCCCCAGAGUUUCACCUUCGAUACAUUGAGACAGUGAUUGGUCGUAUAUUUUAUUCAGUCGAUAAAACCUGGCGUAGAAGGAUAUAUGCGCAAGACCUGAGAAACAGCUGCUUCUUACAGUCUCUCUCUCAGUUAGAGGAUGAGGAUGACAUUAACAAGUUCACUAGUUUCUUCUCUUAUGAGCAUUUCUAUGUCAUUUAUUGCAAGUUCUGGGAGCUUGACACAGAUCAUGAUCUACUCAUUGAUAGACAAGACCUCAUCAAGCACUCUGAUCAUGCUCUCACGUCUAAAGUAGUCGACAGGUUAUUAUCAGGUGUGGUCACAAACAGCAGUCCGGCUGGUAAAAUGAGCUACAAGGACUUUGUGUGGUUUCUAAUCUCUGAAGAGGACAAGACAUCAAACAGAAGUAUUGAGUAUUGGUUCAGAGUCCUUGAUAAAGAUGGAGAUGGCUUCCUCUCCCUGUACGAGUUGGAGUAUUUCUAUGAAGACAUACUCCUGAGGCUUGAAGAGAUGAACAUUGAGAGCUUGUCGGUGAGAGACACCAUCUGCCAUGUACUAGACAUGAUAAACCCUAAGCACCAACGCUUUAUUACUUUAAAAGAUCUAAAGAGUUCUCAGUUGACGUCAUUGUUUCUCAAUACUUUCAUUAACCUUGAGAAAUAUAUGGACUAUGAACAGAGGGAUGCUAUAUCAAUGAACCAGGAUGAUGAAGAAGAUGGACACAUGCCUACCAAUUGGGAGAAAUAUGCCAGUGAACAAUAUGAACUGCUAGUAGCUGAAGAACAGUUUGAGGAUGGAGACGAGGAAGAAGAGCCAAUGGAAGAGAAUGACGUCUACUGAUACUUUGACCUUAGUAGCUUUAGUCCACUCAGCUAUACAUUAUUUUAACUGCAUUAUAUUGUGUAUAUAUUAUACUGAUAGAAGACAGUAGCACUACCUUCACCUUAUUAUGUAUAUCAGCAGUGACAGAUCCUGUUCUACCCAUCAAAUCCACUACCAUCCACUUGUGCAAUAGACUAUAAUUAUAUAGAGACACUAUUGGUCUUAAGUUUGUAUUAUUUUUUGUAUUAAAUUAUAUCUCUUUCCUCCCUCUCUUUCUUUCUCUCUUCAUUGUUGAAGUUUUAUAAAUAUAGAUUUACUUAAUAAU